AUGACAAAAAUGGCCGACGGCGUGGACAUUGAUUUGUACGCCGAUGAUUUGGAACAAGACUUUGCUCAGGUAAUGUUUACGAUACAUAUGUAUGUUUGGUGCGCGCGUAUCGAACACCGUGUACAGGUUACCGCUAGACGUUCGGCCAUGUUUGGAUGCAUGACGGGCGGGCGGGCGUGCGUGCGUACGUACAGAGCCUGGAGACUGGGACGCUUACUAGGUUCCCGAGCUGCCCCGAUUUCGCUCAACUUUAGCAGGACUUCCGGCACCGAAAGCGUAGCCGUGAAGACGUCUGGUUCUCCCGACUCGCGUACCUUCUAUUCAGAUUUCACAACCCUAUACGGGACUGUUCGUGAAAUAGUUGUUAUGUGGGCGCUUUUUAAGUUUAAUCUGCUUUCCGUCGACGAUUUUCGAAAACGAAGUGUAUGACAAAGCCUACAUUUAUUUGACUAGUAUCUACCGUUCACAAGGCAGUGAUUCACAUUCUCAUGCAAUUUGUAUUCCAAUAAAAUGUUAGAUCCACAGACCUUCAUUAGUUUUGUACUUCAAAUCUGUUUGCCAUUGUUUAUUUGAAAUUCAAUCAAGUUCUAUUGUUUUGACACAAUACUCAAAUCUCACUUUUAAACUGAAAAAAAUUUAUCAUUAAGUUUUUUUUUGUUUACUCAUAUAUUUUAUCUAUGGAUUGGUAAUAACUGUAAAUAGCUUCCGUAUCAAUAUGUUCUUUUCUAAUUUUAUGAACUAAAUAGUUGAAACUAUUACUAGUACAUAGGUGUUUUGUUUUUUUUUUUUGUUAUUUUGCUCUUGUACUGGUUUACCUAUAAUAUUUAAUUAUAUAUAAGUUUAAACUUAUGGAUUUUGGUUUGUUGAUAAUGUUUUUAAUACAUUUGGUAUUAAUAUUUAAAAAAUAUUCUUGAUAUUAAAAUAGGUAGUUUUAAGAAAAAGUGAUUAUUUAUUUAUUUUAUUACCAUAUGGUUACAUUUAUUCUAGUUUUGAAGGGCUACUUGACAUGAGCAGAUCAAUAUUUAUUAAUCGACCAACUAUAAAUUCUCUAAAAUCAAACAUGUUAUAAUUUCCAGAUUAUAUUGUAAAAUGAUGUAUUACCGAAUUAUACCUAAUAAGGAAUUUUUAAUGUUAUUUUAUUCUAUUCUGAGUAACUAUUUUAUUGAUUUUUAUUUAUUAUGAUAAUUGAAUAAAUUUAGUUUUUAAAGCUGUUUUAUUUACUAUUCAAACCUAGUUAAAUGCUUAAAAGCUGAUAGAUACCGCUGAUGGGUGUGCCACUGAUGUAGGUAGGAAGUUAAGAAGGUACGAUAUGAAGUUUAUGCAUGUAAUUUAUACCUGUAUAUAAUAAUAAAUCAUUGCUGAUUUACUACAUUGAACUCAAGUUUUUGUUUACCAUUAACGGUAUGAAUUGUGAGUCUAUCAAUUUGACAAUAAGUGUGCACUCUUGCAUUUAGGUAUAUUUAAUCAUAUAUCUUGUGUAUCAUUACAAAUUUUUAUUGUGUGAUAACAAAUAUUAACUCUGUUUCUUCAUCAAUGAGUCAACAUUUAUUAAUAAUCAACACUGAGAAAUUGCUUUUUUAAUAGCUACUAAGUAUUAGGUUUAGGUAAAUUAUAAAACGUCAAUUAUUGGGGUAAAAUAUUGUUAUAUUAUCAUAACAAUAAUGUUCUGAUAACAUCAGUCAAAUUUAUUUUACACAUUGGCAUGAAUGGUAUGCUUGUCAGUGAAAAUACUCAUUAUUAUUCAAUGGAAUAUACAUUUUUUUUGUCAAAUCGAAAAUAUCAUAAGUAAUAUUUAUAUUGAAUCUCAUAUUAAAUUUUUAAUCAUUUCUGUUUGAGCAAACAAUUUUAAUCACCUAAAACCUAAUAACGAAAAUAACUUAAGAAUGUCAGAUCCCUAAUAAUAGUACAAAAAUUUCUAGAAUUUUCUAACAUUCAGCAUUUUUUGGUGCCUAGUAAAGUCUAAUAUACUUGUAUUCUAUGAAAAUUUCAAGCGUAUGAUUAUUUUUAACUGAAGGUAAAAUAAAUAAAAAUCGAAAAUAAUGAAACCAUUAACACCGUAAAAUUUCCUGAUUUUUCCUUGUUAUAAAGAAAAUUUUGGAAAAUUGUUAUAUUAAGCCGACUGAAUGGAUAGUUUAUAUGAUACGACAUGAGAGAUUAUUAAAGCUAAUUCAAUCAUAGUAAGAAGUCAAAGACUGGAAUUAAUCCAACAAAUUAAUAAAGAAACAAGGAUGUGAUUUAUAUGUACAGAUAAAAAACAAAUUGAUAGUAGAAUAAAGUGAAAGAUAGCUACAAAUCAAUCAAUGGAUUGAAACUAUGGAGAGAAAGGAUAUUACGUAGAAGAUCAAAAAACAACUUCUCCAAGUACCAAAUUAGAACCAAAAUGCUGCAAAAAAGUUUUUUUGUCAAUUUAUAAUUUGAGCAAUAGGUAUUUCAAAAAAAACUCACAUACUCACAAAAAAAAAAAAAAUUAACUUAAUAGUAAAACCUAUGUAUUCUAUGUUGAUAAAAAUAUCAAUUAGGUUAGAUUAUUGUAAUCUCUAUGAAACCUCCUCCCAUUAAUAUAAAUUUAUAUUUGAUUACAAAUUAUCUUUAUCAGACUGUAUACCAUAUAUUCCAAUAUUUUUUUUAUUCAUUAAAAUUAGACUUUUGCAUCAUGUGGGUUGUUACUAAAUUAUAGUUUAAGAUAAUGUUCUUAAGUAUUAGAAAAAAUUGAAUAUUUAUUACAGUAUUCGUGAUUUUAAUAUUUACUACCUAAGUAAAUUAAUUACAUUAUUAUUUUCAGUAUUUAUAUUUAUUUUUAUCCUACAAAUUUUGGUUAUGAUGUUUAAUUUACGUUUUUAUUAUGAUAAAUUACUAAUAGUUAUUAUGUUUGGUUUUUAUUUUAGGAAGAUUUUGCUGGAAAUGACAAUGUUGAUUUAUAUGACGAUGUUAUAUCUGGGACCAAUGAUAGUGUUCAGACAAGACAGCCAGUCGAUAGGCCUCCUAGUGUGAAUAAUCAAAAUAGCACUCCAUUAGUGACCAAUGGCUCAUCUAAUAAUAUAAGUAAUAACUCUACUCCUGGGCGUCGUUACCAAUUGUAUAUUGGUAAUUUAACUUGGGUAAGUAAAAAAUGUUAUUUCAUUUUUUCAUUGUUAUUAUGUGUUAUAAUAAUACAAAUUAGGCAGUUAAUGAGAGAGUGGUAAAAAGAUAUAUAUAUAUAUAUAUAGCGAUAUAUUUAAGUGGCUUGAUUAGAUAAUUCAAAGUGUUUACUUUUUAAAUUUAAUUUUUUUUUUGAAUUUAAGAAACAAUCAGUUAUAAAAUGUUAAACUAACAUACUUUGGGGGUGAAACAACUUCCUACUUUUGAUUUUCAAAUGGCAAUCUGUAUUAUAAAUUCCAAUAAUAAACGACAUAUUAGUUUAAUUAAAAGUCUUAAGAUUUUGGAUUUCCUUUAAUUCACAGACGAAAUAUGAUAUUCUACUAUUUCUUUGUCUUUAUAUCCCAUUCACGCUAAAAAAAUCUAUACUACCUUAUCUCCAAUUUCAAGAAAUACCAAUUUCGACAAUGUGUGAAGUAAAUGUCAUGGUAUCCUUCUUGACAAAAGAUUGAUUUGGAGUCCCACAUUAAAUCCAAAAAAAAAAAUCUCAAUAGUUGACAACAGUCCGACUUGUACUAAACUCAAAACUAGUCCUCCAUACUAAGAUUACUGUUCACAAAUCCCUAUUAAGACCUUUUUGGGAAUGUGCUAAGCCAUCCUAAAUUCAUACACUACAAUCCUUCAAAAUAUUGCUCUCUGUGAUGUCUCUUCUGUUCCAUGGUACAUUUUAAACUUCACUCUGCAUAAAGACUUUAAAAUUAGUAAACCAACUAUAGUACGGCCAGCAGAACUAGAAGCCGGACAGUCACGCACAUGGUGGCAAAUAUUCAUUAGGGUUUCUACGAUUGGUUAGGUUAGAUUAGGUUCUAUAUUAUAUAUAUUGUUUAUAAUAUAUAUCUAUAUAAUAUACAUUUAGUAAGGAUAAUCAAAGUUCUUUUUAUAACGGCUGAAAUACAGCUAUAUCAACUAUUCGUUAUAAGCGUGAUGCGACUCGCAUAAACAUUGGAAUAUUUAGAACCUAUGGAUUGCACAAUAAAAGCAACCAUGUGCACGACAGUUACACCUCUACUUUUGCUGGCUGUAUUAUUGUUUCAAAACAAACAAUAUCAUUCCAAACAGCGAGUCACACUGAAAUACUCGCUGAACUUGCUUCUAAUUCACUUCCUGAUAAUCCCAUUUGAUGACUUCAAAAAAAAAGGUUUCUUAACUUGCUGGUUGGUUAAAUGAAAUUAAAAAAAAUAACGUUAAGUUCUAUCAACGGAUGGCCUUCUUCCUCAUAUAAGUUUUUUUUUUUUGUAUACAUAUAAAUAUAUCUGCUUAUUAUGCCUCCAAGCAUAGAUUGUACAUAUUCUUUUUUAAUAAAAAAAAAUUAUUAUUAUUCGUAGGUUAAAGGAAAUCAAAAAUUUUAACAUGAAAAUGUGUCUGAAUUAUUAUCUUUUUAUAUAGUUUUUAAUAUAGGUAGGUUGAAAAUAUGAACUAAGUAGUCUUUUUAAAAAUAAAACAAAAAAACAAGGGUAAAAAAAAUAAAAAUCAAUACUAUUAGAAAUAUCAAGUGUAACCACAUAGAGAUCAUCCUGUAUAUUUUUUUAAAACUAACCUUACAUAUUAUAUUUUAUUAAAAGUGGACAACUGAUCAAGAUAUAACAGACAGUGUUAUAAGCAUCGGUGUGGCAGAUUUUAUUGAGGUCAAGUUUUUUGAAAAUCGAGGAAAUGGUCAAUCCAAAGGUUUUUGUGUUGUUACAUUGGGUUCAGAGCAUAGUUUACGCUUGGUUAUGGAAAGAUUGCCCAAAAAAGAACUCCAUGGACAAUCGCCUGUUGUCACUUUUCCAACUAAACAAGCUCUUUUACAGGUAAUUUUACAUUAAUUUAUAAGUUAUUGUUUAUUAUUAUUAAACAAUUUAUAUUAUAUUAUUUGUAUUGUUUUUAGUUUGAAUCGCAAUCUAAAACUCGACCACCACCUCCACCAAAUAAUCAAAAUAUGCCUACUAUGGGUGGAAUGACUAGACCGCCGGGUGGACAAGUAAUGCAGCAACCCAUGCGUGGUGGUCCAAUGAUGUCACAGCCACAAGGUAUGAUGCAACAGCAAGGAAUGCGGAACAGAAUGCAAGGAAUGCAAGGUAUGCAACAACCACCGCAAGGUAUGCAGCCACCAAUGGGUAUGACUAACGGACAUAGGAUGCCAUUGCAACCAGGUGGGCCUAUGGGUCUUCAUCAACCGGGUCCUCCCGGUCCUCCUGGUUAUCAAAACCAAUGGAAUGGACCUAAUCAACAAAUGGGUAACAAUUACAAUUUAUUUACAUUUUUCAUAUCUAUUCUGUUUUAUUAUUAUAUUAAAAUAAAUUUGGUUUGAUAUCAUUACUUAGGGCCCCCAAGACAAGGAAUGCAGCCUCAAGGACCAGUGGGCCAGCCUAGAGGACCACCUCCUGGAAUGGUAAUUUAAUUUUAAUUUCCUUGUUGAUAAAAUUUUUGUAACUGAUGGAAAUAUUUUCAGUUCCCACCCGGUCAAGGUCCACCACGAAUGGGACCACCACAAGGUCCUCAGGGACCUCCAGGACCCGGCGGACCACGUGGUGAUUGGAAUCGUCCUCCUGGAAUGCCUACUCAUCAAAUGGCUCCCCCUGGUACUGGUUUUCCAUCUCAUCAACCAGGUCCAAUGCAAGGUCCUCCACCUGGUCAAGGUUAGUAUUUACUCCCUUAAACUUAGUGAACAAUAUAUAUUUUUAUGUUUUGGGUAAUAUUUUAUACUUAACAGUAUGGAAAUUAUUUUCCAAUUAAUUAAUAUACAAUAAUAUUGUGUAUCAUUUUAUGCUAAAUGUGAUUAAAUUGUAUAUCUAUAUCUAAUUAAAAAUUAUAUGAUCAUUUUUAGGUCCAGUUCAAAUGAUGCAGGGAGGUCCAGGUCCAGCACCUGCACCACACGUUAAUCCCGCGUUCUUCACAACACCAAGUGGUGCACCUCAGGGACCACCAGGUCAUCCUGGUUAUGGUCCUCCCAAUGGACCUUCUUCUAGACCUUAUAUGAGUAAUGAAAUGGGAAUGCCUGAACAAGAACUGGAAGAAAUUAUGAGCAGAAACCGAACUGUUUCAAGUUCUGCUAUAGCAAGAGCAGUUGCUGAUGCUGCUGCUGGCGAAUUCUCUAAUGCUAUUGAAACUUUGGUUACUGCAAUAUCAUUGAUUAAACAAUCUAAGGUGGCCAGCGAUGAACGGUGUAAAAUUUUAGUGAGUUCUUUGCACGAUACACUACAUGGAAUUGAAACAAAGAGUUAUAGUUCUAGAAGAGGUACGUUUAUACCAUUUACACUGUAUUUUGUUUAUUUUUUCUGUAUUUUUUUUAUUUGUAGAGAGGUCAAGAUCUCCUCGUGACCGCUUGCAUAGAAGAUCAAGACGUGAACGUACUAGGUCUCGUGAACGAGACUAUAGAGAUAGAAGCCGUGAACGUGAUCGUGAUCGUGAAAGGGAAAGAGAUCGUGACAAGUAUGAUAAUUGUUUUGUUUUGUAUUAAUAUUUGUUAACAACAAGUCUAUAGCUUUUUAUUGUUAAAAUGUGGUCUACUUAAUUUGGCCAAAUUGUUAACCGGAACCACGAAUAUUACAUUUAACUGUAUUUAACUAGUUCAGUAAUAGACUAGAAUAUUAUUAUAUUAAAAACAUAACUUUGGUUGCAUAAUAUUUCUCAAUUAUACUAUAACUUAAGAUGUGGCCUAUAUAUAAUAAAGGCUAUAUACAAGGCAAAAGAAUUUAUUAUGUUACCAUAACAUAGAUAUGUUAACAGGUACGUUGACCGUUAUUAUACUUCGGAACGGGAUGGUGACAGAGAUAGGGAAAGAGAAAGAGAUCGCGAAUACAGAGAGAGGAGUCGUGAAGACAGGUAAGAUUCUAGAAUCAUUUUUAAAAUGCAUGAACAAUUUAUUCUUCAUAGAAUUCUUUGUACUUUUGAAAUUUCCAUACUUGUUGAGGGUAAAGUUUAUUGUUUAACAGUUCUGUAAAAGCAAGCGGCCGAAGUAGGAAAAUCACUCCGCCCGACGUUAAUGAGUCUGUUCCUGUAUCCUCUAAAUCCAGGUAAUAUUACCCAAUCUUCAGUUCCUUUCAUCAAGUAUCCUAAAAAAGUUAAAAAACAAAAACAAAAACAAAAAAAAAAAAAAAAAAAAAAAAAAAAAAAAAACACACAUGAUAAUAUUUAUUGUAAUAAAUAGUUUAUAGACUUGUGUGUUUUUGAAAUAUAUUAUUGUUCUGUUUUUAAAUUUAUGUCUUUUUCUAGGUACUAUGAAGAUCGUUAUCGAGAACGUGACAGAGAACGUGACCGUGAUCGUGAACGUGAGCGUGAAAGAGAACCAACUUCUAGUAGAAGAGCAGUAGAUCCAGACAGAGAUAUUGAACGUGACAGAGAUCGUAGGGAAGACAGAGCUGAAUCUUCACAUCGUAGUUCUAGACAUUAAUACAUCUGUGGUAAGUAUUUGUUGAUUGUAAGUAUUAUAAGCUAGACAACUGAUGUUUAUUUUUUUUAGUUUGUUAAAUUUUUAAAUAGAUUUUGAACAAAUUUCAAAUCUUUUUUUUUUUUUAAUUUUCAUUGGUUGUUUAUUAUUUUUAUUAUAAGUUCAAUUUUAUGUUUUAUUUGAUGGUCUUUCCUAAUUAAAAUUCAUAUAAUUUUAAUGAAUUAUUGUUUAUAAAAUGAGAAUUAAAACUAUCCUUUUUAGUUUUAAGUAUAAGGCUGAUUAAAUUUUUGUUUUAUACACUUGAUAGAUGGCUAAGAGCAUCUAUAAUCUAUAACUGUGAUAUAUGACCUGUGAUAAAAAAAAAAAUAUAUAUUGAAUAUGUAACCUUAAAUACAAUUUAAUAUUUGUUCCUAUGAAUAAAUAAUUGUUGUAUUAGGAAUAAAUGUGUUAUCCUAAAUUAAAACACAAAUGAAUAAUUAGGUUAGGUUUAUAUUAAGGUAUUAUUAAGAAUUUUAUUUUUUGCAUGCAUUUUUGUUAAAUUGAUUAGUCUAAGAUUUGUAUAUGUAUAUAAAUAUAUACAUAUAAAAACAUUUUAAUGUUUAAGACAAAUUAUAGAUAAUACUAAUUCCAUCAAUUUUUUUAUAAUUUAAAUUAUGCCUGCGCCCUGAGUGUGCAAUAAUCAUUCACUAUGUUAUGUUUUUAUUAUUAUUUUACAAACAAUUAUUUAUUGACACGUUGAGCGCCUAGGAGUUUUUGACAUGGUUAUUUUAUUUUGCUAUAUGAACGAAGUUCAUAAACAUUUCAAACAAUUUGUAGUAAAAACCAUGUUUUUGUUGAUUUCAUAAUGUCUUUGAUUUAAGAUUUUAAUUGUGAUAUUCAGUAAUGGGAAUUUUUUCAUUUGAUUCAUAAUAUAAAGAGUUACAACUUUAUUUUGAUAUUUAGUGUAAUGGUUGUAGGUUAUAUAACUACUAUUUUUAUAUAAUCAAUUCUUUAUUUUUUUUGUUAUCUUUUUUUUUUUUUUUUUCAAAAUUAUAUGUUUUACCCAUGACAAAAAUAUUAUGGUGCUUUGAUCAAAGAUAUGUGAGAUCACCAUUUGGAUUUCAUGGUGCUCAAUAUGUUAAUGAAUCUUUAACGGAUAGCAAUUAUUUUCUAAAUGGGUAUUAAAUAGUUUUAUAAUUUGUUCAUGAGUUUCUAUUAUGUUCUUUCCACCAUAGGUUUUAAAAAGCUUCAUAGUUUAAUUCGUUUUUUUAAAAAUUGUAUUCUUUACAAUUGGGUAAUUUAUUUAGCUUGCUAUUUAUAAAUUUAUAUAAUUGAUCAUGUUAAAAACUUAUUAAUAGAUAUAUAUUAAACAAAGCUUUUUUUUUUAUGUUUUAAAUGCAUAGUCAAGAUUAAAUUUUGUAUUGAAAGUUUCAACAUUUAAAAUUUUAUUUUGAUUGUUAAUUCUAAGAAUUACAUUUGAUCACCAGUUUAGGGUACUUAGAAUUUAUGUCUACUAUCAAACAUUUUUCAAUGUUUUUACGUUUCAGUCCAUAAUUAUUUUUCUAUUUUUCAUUCAUACGUCAAUUAAUGUGUAUAUAUGUAUAAAAUAGAUUGCAUUAUGUACAUAAUUUCAUGUGAAUAAUAUCUAUACAUUAUUUUAUUUUUGUUACAAGUCCAAAUAUAAGUAAAACAAAAACAAUUAUUUAUUUUUUAAAUUAUUACCCUCAUUACAUGGUUGGUGUGGCUGAUUUAUAAUUUGAACACUAUUUUACUUAUCAUUGGUGUUUAAAAUAUUGUCAAUUGUUUUAUUUAGGUAAACAAUGAAAGUCAAAAGUGAAUAAGUUCACAUAAGUAAAACAUACAAUAUUUUGAUGUAUCUAUAAAAGUUUUAAUGAUUACAUCAUUUAGGGAUAUCAACCAGAUAUUACUGGAACAAUCAUACUAUUAACAUGCAAGUGCAUAAAGUGGGUUAUAUUAUUUCAUUUAUUUCAGUUCAAUUAAAUUUUUGAGAAAUAAUAUUUUAUUUGACAAAAAAUGGUUUUACAUUUUAAUAAAUUAGGAUAUUAGAAUGUAUAAAGUAUGAUUAAAUAAAAUGUUUAAAACAUAUUAUGUUUUAUUAAAUUGUGUUUUCUACAUUAUCUAUCAUAUAUUGGUAUACAAAUGUUCAAUUAUUUUAUUCUGUGGUAUUAAUAUAUUAAAAUUAAGAAUCACACUUAAUUUUAUGAUGUUGAUUAUUUUGUUGAAUUGCCAAGUGUUUAUUGUCUUACGUUUUUAAUAGGAUCAUUUAUUAUUGGUAACUAAUAUAUUAUAUUGUAUUGACAGAAAGUAAACAAAAAUAAUAGUGAUAGGAAACGGAAAUAUAUUUUAUAUUUAAAUUAUUAUAGAAUAAUACAUUUUUCUUUGUUAUAUUGAAAUUGGAUAGUAAAAAAUAGUUUUUAAGUUUAGGGUUUAUUAUUUUAAUUAAAGUUUUGAGUGGGUUAAAUUAUUGUUAAACAAAUUUUAUUAUUGUAUUUAUUUAGACUAUUAUAUUUUAUGUUUCAUAAAAAUUAUUAUUUUUAUUAUCGUAUAAUUGUUUAUUUGUGAAUUAUUAUUGUAUAAUUUAUAACUUAAAAAUUUAAAACGUUUUUGAAAGUAUUUUAUGGCGAGGUGAAAAUAUUACAUGAAAAUUAUCAUUGGGUUUAUGAAAAUAUUGUGACACUAUUUCUAAAUAAGAAUUUUUUAAAUAUAUUGCAUCAUUUUUAAAUAUAAUAUAUUAUUUAUAACUUAAACCAAAAUAGUUAAAAUAUUUAAUACUUUAGGAAAUUAUUAGACAUAUUAACUAAUACCAGGUUUCGUGUUAUUAAGUGAUAAUUUAUAAAAUCACAAUAUAUACUAUAUAAUAUGUAACAGACUGAUAUGUACCACAUAAUUAGUUGUUUUUUUUUUUUUUUUUAGAUAUUAAUAAAAUGUCCCUUAGAAUUAAUAUUUCUGUUUUUAAAAUGAAUACAUAUUUUAUAAGAAUGUUUACUGAUAUAAAAUAUAAUUCAGUAAGUAAGUUAGUUUUAAAUUGUAUUCACAGCUAAAGUACUAUUUAUAUAUUUACUUAGUUCGCUAUAUAUAUUUUUUUUUGGUAAUAUUUAUUUGAAUUAUUUAUCAGUUAAAGGUCAAUUUUAUCAUUUCAUAAUAACCAUCACGCAACACUAAUUGUAUUAUUAUAACUAUGAUAUGUGGUUAAUUAUUUUAUUCCCUUUUUAUUUUUACUUUUUUACAAAAUCAUGAGAAGUUCAAAACUAAUUUGUUUUGAUCACUAUAUUAGUCUUAAUUUUUUUUCUAAUGUCUUGUGACAAAUCUAAACAUACUAAAAAGUAUCAGUUAUAGAUAGUAUUUAUCGUUUUAAUUAUUUUGUUCUCUAUAUUCCUUCAUUGAUUUAAUAUUAAAAUUUAUUUAAACAACUGUAUAUAAUAAAAAAUUCCACACUAAUAAACUAGCUUAUGUAAUAAGGUGUAUUUAAAGUAGAAUACAAAUCACAGGGCUUAGAUAUUUUAAAACUUAGUUUAAGUUAGUGUUAAAGGUGAGCGAGACCAUCUGUGCGUUUGCUGUCAGCCUAGAAAAUAUCGAUCAGUCACAUUAUGCAGCCGAUUAAAAUGGCCACCGUCAACAAUACCUACUGUGAAAAUUCAUCAAUACAUUGUUUUUAAUUUGUUUACAGGCGCCGCUGAUCCAUCCAUUUAUUUUAUAUAAAUACAAGUUUGCGCAAGACUGUAUCCAUUUAUGUAUCCAUUUGUAG